AUGUCUGGUCCUACCAGGCCGCCUCCGAAGACUCUGGGUAGCCCAGAGAGACCCGUCCCUCAGAUGUCCGGACCAGCCAUGUACAGACAACCGCCCAAGAAGGUUUCCAGGGACACCCGGCCCAAGUAUGUGGUUUAUGACCAGAACAGAGGAGGAGGCGGAGGAGGAGGAAUGGCCACUAGGUACAUGGCUACCGGUCCCACAGGGCUCAAAGAAGACCAAUCCUUGAACCCUCACAUGGACCGCUACAACCUACCAUCACAUGGACCGCUGAUGCACCGGGGACCUCCUGAGAAGCUGAUUGGACACCACUCCAACAGUGAUGCAGAGAUUGACUCACUCACCUGCAUGCUGGCCGAUCUGGACAGCCAUCCACAAAACAGCACACAGCUUAAUGACAACGACCGCAUCUCAGGAGAUCGCUACAAACCCUUAGCCCAGCCAGGAGCAUCCGCUCAGGGCAGGCCGUCCAUGAGUUUCCCCCCUCACCCCCAACCCCAGUACCAUCGUACAACCCCAUACCCCAGUGAUCCCCACCAGGGUCUCCAGUACUUCCCCCAGCCAGAUGACACCGAAGCCCAGGACUCCAAACGGUACCCCCAGCUUGUCCCCGCCUCCUACACUACCGCCCUUACUGGCCCAAGGUUCGGUGUCCAGGUCAAAACAGCCCAAACUGUCACCUACUUCCAGACUGGUAGGCAAGCCGAGCAGGCUUACACCCCUCUCCCACACCGCCAUCAUGCAUUGCGGUCCCCACCCAAGAAUCAGACUGGCCCCCAGGGCUGGUACCCUCCCCACCUCGCUUCCCAAGCCCAGGAGCUGCGCUCUGAGAGGGGUUACAAGGGGAGUGCCGCAGGGUUUGGAGGGAGAGCUACCCAGUGCCCCAUAUCCAAUAGAGGCCCAGAGACUCACCAAUCAGGGUCAGGCUCGGCACCAAGCUCCGCCUAUCAGCCCAGUAAGGGAACAGCAGCGCCGAGGCCAGAGGAGGAGUUGGACCAGCUCACAAAGAAGUUGGUGUAUGACAUGAAUCAUCCCCCUACAGAGAAGUACGUUGGUCGCUGUGCACGUUGCGGUGACAACGUCCUUGGCGACGGCAGCGGCUGUAUUGCCAUGGGACACGUGUUCCACCUGGAGUGUAUAACUUGCAUCACCUGCCACGCCCAUCUCCGGGGGAAACCGUUCUACGCCCUGAACAAGCAGAGCUACUGCGAGAGCUGUUACGUUAGUGUCCUAGAGCGCUGCUUCAUGUGCUCCAAGCCCAUCCUGGACCGUGUCCUGCGGUCCAUGGGCAAGGCCUACCACGCGCACUGCUUCAACUGCGUGGCGUGUGGCUGCUCCCUGGAUGGUGUGCCCUUCACAGUGGACGCCAACUACCAGAUCCACUGCAUGUACGACUUCUACAGGAAGUUUGCCCCUCGCUGCUCAGUGUGUAGCCAUGCCAUCGUGCCUGAGCCGGGCCAGGAUGCGGCGGUCAGUGUAAAGGCGCUGGGCCGCAACUUUCACGUCAACUGCUAUGUGUGUGAGGAGUGUGGUCUGCUCCUGCCCUCUGAGGGUGAGGGGCAAGGCUGUUACCUCCUGGAUGGUCACAUCCUAUGUAAGGGCUGCCACGCCCGGCACAGAUCCUCUCACCCAAAAUCUCCACUGACUGAUAACCAACUAGGAAGUCACCUCUGA